UCAAGUUAUCAAUGGAAUAGUUCAUUUGAAUUAGAUUCUGGAGCGAAGAUCGUUUAUUUUUUUCCAGAACAGAUAAAGGCGGAAUUAAGGCUGGAUAGUAAAAGUCGACUAGGAGAUCUAAUGCAAAUUCACCAAUAUACAUAG